CCCAUACCUCCAACAUUUAUAGCUUGGCCGAGUACCCCGAACCCACUCAAACUUCUUCUCCAAUCUCUUUGGAUACCGUCGCAAAUCCCCAACCAUUAGUUCAACAGCAACCAUUCCAGACAAUUGUACGCAAGGCAUCCAUGGCCGAUGUGCCUGUCCCAGAACUCCUACAACACGGGGUUCCCAUGACGAAGGUUUCCCCCGGAUCACAAAGGAGCUACAUCUUUCGACUUGACGCAGAUCAGGGUCAGAUUAUCUGGGAAUCUAAGAAGUUGAGGAUCAUACCUAUCGAGAACAUAAAGGAACUUCGAUUUGGCUCGGACGCAAGAUACUAUCGUCAACAGUUUCAACUCGCUCGCGAGUACGAGGAUAGAUGGAUAACCAUCAUCUACAUCCUCGAUGGCCAAUACAAGACACUUCACUUGAUUGCUUCUUCAAAAGAUAGCUUCCAGCUGUGGGAUAUUACGUUACGGAAACUACACGCAAUUCGUCAAGAAUUAAUGAUCGGUCUAGGAAACGAGGAGAUGCGACAUGCUGUAUGGGUGAGGCAGUGUUGGAAAUCGACCGAGCAUCAAAACGAUCAGAAACUGUCCUUCGAUGAAGUCGAAAGACUUUGCAAGCGCCUCAAUAUAAACUCUUCCCAAGAUGAUUUGAAGCGCUUGUUCAAGCAAGCGGAUUCAAAACGCAACGGCUUUCUUGACUUCAUCGAUUUUCAGAAGUUUGUCAAGCUCCUCAAAGCGCGACCAGAGCUCGAUCUCCUCUACAAGAAGCUGUCUUCGAAAAACGGCGGAAGGUUCACGCUCACAGUUUUCGAGGCCUUUAUGCGGAACUGUCAAAAGUCUUCUCUCACCCAGGAGGAGCUGCGAUCGAUAUUCUUGCGCUACGCUAAGAAAUACGAGUCGAAGGCUGGGACUAUACCCGGUUCACCUUCACUACCGUCGUCGCCGUCGGACGGCUGUGGUGAUGUAGUCAUGUCUCUCGAUGCGUUUACCGCCUUUCUGCUAUCCUCUGACAACUCUGCAUUCACGGACCAACAUGGAAAAAUAUACCAGGAUAUGACUCAACCACUCUGCCAUUACUUUAUCUCUUCCUCUCACAAUACGUAUCUCGUCGGUCACCAGCUUGUAGGGGACAGCACAAUUGAGGGAUACAUCCGCGCUCUUCUUCAUGGCUGUCGAAGUGUUGAGCUGGAUAUCUUUGACGGUGACAACGAACCAAUGGUUUUCCACGGCAAAACUUUAACGUCGAAAGUGCCCGUCCGAGAGGUCUGCGAAGCAAUAUCGAAAUACGCAUUCGUGACAUCACCUUACCCGAUCAUCAUCUCUGCUGAGAUACACUGCUCCGUUGCCCAGCAAAAUAUGCUUGUCGCGAUCAUGCAUGAAGUAUUUCGAGAGGCUUUGGUCAGUGCUCCUGUAGGGGAGCAUCCGAAGAUCGAUAAGCUUCCGAGUCCCGAAGAGUUGAAGGGAAGAGUAUUACUGAAGGCGAAGAAUCUCUACGUUUCGGAACGAGAGCGGAUUCGUACGAAGGAUGUAGUAGUCGAUACGGAGUCGUCUUCUACAGAGACGUCAGCUUCGGACUUGGACAUCGGCCACGAAGUUAAAGAGGAACUGCGCAGGGCCAAGACGCAGAAUAUCGAGGCCAUCAAAGAGCUGAAGGAAGAAUUCCGCAAAGCACGCAACGUCUUCAACCGUGUUCGUGGGCAUCACCAAGUACCGGAGAAGUCUGUUACCACUGCCCUUGUGGGCGCAGCAACAGCAACAUCGACAGCGAUUGCCGAGCAGCCGGUGAAGUCCGACAAACAAGGCACAAAAGUGAAGAUGUCUGCCGCCCUCGUCGCUUUACUGGUGUACACCGUCGGUGUGAAGUGUAGAGGUAUCAAUAAGAAAGAACAUUAUGCUCCGGAGCAUAUGUUCUCCCUCUCUGAAACCACCGCCAACAAGAUUAUGAAACAAGGCAUGGUGGAUUUGAUCAAGCAUAACAAAGACCAUCUCGUCAGGAUAUAUCCCAAAGGCUUACGGCUUAGUUCCACGAAUUACCUCCCGCAUCGGUAUUGGGCGGCUGGUGCGCAACUCGUCGCGCUCAACUUGCAGACAUUUGACUUGGGAUAUAUGAUCAACCAUGCAAUGUUCCAGCGCAAUGGAAGAGCUGGGUAUAUUCUCAAACCAGAAGCGCUUCGUCAGCCUGACAAGGGAGCACUGGCUCUCCGGACUGUGCAUUACCUGGACGUUACUAUCAUUUCAGCACAACUACUCCCUCGUCCGAAAGACUCCAUGGGUCGUGAGGUAAUCGACCGGAAUAUCGUAGAUCCCUAUGUGGAAGUCUCGAUAUACACUCCAGACUGGGCACAUUUCUCUUCAUCAUCCCCGUCUUCAGGCUCGUCGUCUCCAUCAAUUUCAUCGGGAGCGAGUGGUUCGGGCACGACCCGCGCCAUUACUGCACGAACGAGCUCCGUGAAGAACAACGGGUUCAACCCCGUCUGGCAAGAGAGUCUUCGUCUGACGUUUGAGUGCGCCGCGAACUUGCUGGACUUGGUGUUUGUGCGGUUUACGGUCCUGAGGGACGGAGAAAAUGACAGUGAACCUAUUGCGGUGUACUGUGUCAACUUGGCAAGUCUGGCUAUGGGGUACAGGCACCUACCUCUACACGAUUCUCAACUCUGCCAGUAUCUGUUCUCGACGUUGUUCGUGAAGUGUUCAUUGCAGGAUGCUUGAAUCUUCGACUUAUACCCAUCCACGCUCAUCACGGAUCGUCCGUCACAACUUCACAAGCAUUCAACUAAACUAAACUUCGAUGUCGACGUAUUUUUUUUCCCAUCGUUCAUAUUUCACUGCAAACAACCAUUUCGAUCAUACCGGCUGAUCCUGGCGUGCAUACCCAUCUAUUAGCCUCAUAUCCCAUGUACAAGUGUACUUUUAGCGCAGGAGUAUAUAUAGAGUAGAACCAAAUCAUAGCAGUCACGCGAAAGGCCGCAGUGAAACGGACAGCACAAAUAUUUAUGUGAAUGAGAUGAUCAUUGCAACACACACCAGCCAGUAAGUUACUUACAAUGACCUGACUUUUCUAAUAGGUUUCCCGGAUAAGAGUGGGAAGCAGGAGGGAAUCUUGAAGGGCGGUGCUUGCUGGGCCGGUAACCGAACAGGGCGCUUUCGAAGAAAGAACAUGAGGCCGCCGCGUGAUCU